GGGAACUCCGAGGGUUAUUUUCGGCUUUGGAUUCAUGUUCAGUUUACCAUCUUCAUUGUUCAGCAUGUUACUUACCAUAUUAUGUUUUGCCACUAUUGCGGGUCAUGUUGGUGGUUUACCUCCUGGUGCUAGGACGGAAGCAGAGAAUGUGAUCAACUUACCGCCCAACGAAAGUGAAACAUUCAAACGACCUAUUCAUUUGGAUGGGGUGCAAUUAGAGCGAGACGGAGAAUUGAAUAAGGAAUUUCGGCAAGAGGUACUACUAGGUGGAGAUCCGAAAGAUUCUCAAGAGUUGAAGGAAAUGGUCAGGAAGAUGUUUGAGGCGAGCGAUGUAGAUAAAGAUGGCUUUUUAACACUUGAAGAAUUAGAAGGACGAAUAGUGAACAAUACGCGAGCUCAUUUGGAGGAAGGUGUUGAAGAAGCCAAGACUCACUUUGACAUUGUGGAUAUGAAUGGCGAUGGCAAGGUGUCCUGGAACGAGUAUGAACCACACUACCUAUCGAAAGAAUCUCAAAAUGAUGGGCAUGAUCACAAAAACGUUGUUGACAAUGACGAUCUGUCACUUGCUGGUCCAGAACGAGCAUCUUUUGAUCGAGCCGACAAAAACGCCGACGGAUACCUUGAUCCUGAGGAAUGGUUGAGAUUUUUCCAUCCUGAGCAUAACAAUGAUUCUUUGAUGGAUAUGGCCCGUGAUAUACUCAAAUUGUACGAUCUCAACGGCGAUGGUGUUGUGAAACGAGAAGAAUUCGCUGCCCCACAUCCAGCUGAACGAAAAAACCCCAAGGACAAGAAGAGCAAACAAAGAAUGCUAGAAAGAGAGGCGGAAUUCGACAAGCAGGUGGACACAAAUGGCGAUGGAAUCGCUACUUUGGAAGAGCUUUUCGAAUACAUAAAUCCCAGAAAUGCGAAAAGCUUAGCUUCUGAGGCACGAGAGCUAUUGGAAUCCAUAGACAGCAAUGGAGACCAUAAACUCUCCUUGCAAGAAUUACUGGAUCGAGAUCGAUUGAUUGAAUAUAGCCCACUGAUUUCAGUAGCCGAAAUCCUUCAUGACGACUUAUAAGACAGGAUUCCUUAUAAGGACCAAAGUGUUGUUG